GGAGAAAAGUCGGCUGUUGAGAGGAAAACAAAAACGCGAGCGAGCGGGGCCUCUCCCUGUGUGGGCGGCCAACUCGAGGGAGAAAGGAAAGGGAAACGGCCCUCUUCCUCGUAAACGAAAGUUGACUUUGACGCAGCGGGCUAUAAAAGCUGCAAUUUGGACACUGGCUCGGCGGCAGUCGAAGGCGCGACGUUUCUUCACGAUGUCGUACACAGUGGUUUUCUUUGAUCUGGAGACAACUGGACUGGACACUCAAAAGUGCGAUAUCAUCCAGAUCGCGGCCAUCUGCGACAGACGGGUCUUCAACACCUAUGUCGUCCCCCGCUGCGCACCUACCAAGGAGGCCAGCGACGUAACGGGUUUCUCGCUGGCGAACGGCCGUCUCUUCCGCCACGGGAAACCCAUGGACACCGUCCCACUCCGCCAGGCUCUCGAUUCUUUCAUGGAGUUCCUAUCCUCUUUCUGCGGGCCGCUGUACCUGGCCGCCCACAACGCCAACCGCUUUGACGCGCCCGUCCUGAACCGGGUGCUGAGGGAAUUCUCCCUCCUGCACCCGUUUCAGAGUGUCGUGUCCGCAUACCUGGACACCUUUCUGCUCAGCAAGAGGAUGUUGCGCAAUUUCUAUAGCUACUCCUUGGCGUACAUGGUGCAGUACUUCCUGGGCAAAUCCUACGACGCCCACAACGCACUAGAGGAUGCCAGGAUGCUGCAGGAGCUGUUUCGGGUGUGGAAGCCGGACAGAAAGGACGUGUUGAAUUGCUUGAUCUAGAGCACACUUCCUAUCUAAGCCCUGGAGGUCAGAUCCAGUUGGCCACGUCACUUUUGGGCACUCACUAAUCAAAUCAUGUGUCUGCUUUAUCUUUGGCAAGAAUCUGUAACCAAAUUGCAUUUUCCUCAUCUAUAAUCAGCAUUUUUUUCCCCUAUAUUUUGCUUGUCACAAUUUUCAGUUCCCUAAUUGCAUGACUUGAAUUUCAAAAUUUCCUGACCAAAAAGUGAAGAAAACAUUUUUUUAAGAAACAUGCCAAGCAGAAUAGUAAGUUUGCCGCUAGGAUUUAUUUUUUGCCUCAACCUAUAGAAUAACCAAAAAUACCCCCAAAUAUUCAUGGCAAAAAUCAUAAUUUAUAAAAAUAGAACUGAGAAACAGCCGUGAGUAACGCUGACACACGGUAUGGCGUGAGUUGAACGUCAGUGGCUUUUCAACAUGGCCCGGUGGUUUAUUUCCAGACUUCUGUGGACCAAAUACAGCACAAGUGAAAAACUCAAGGCCUUUUGGCCUCAUGUCAUGUUCUACGGCCUGCAAAACCUUGUCACUUUUUUCUUGCCCAAAAUGGCAAUUAUGCAAUAUUAGGGUUCCCACAAGUGGUGAAAUAUAAUAGUUUGAAAAGUUUUCCUGUUAUAUGUAAUUUAAUCUGACUUAAAGUCCUUUUAUAUUUGUCUAUGGUUUUUAUUAGCUGACAGUAUUGACACUGAAAAGGACACUAGAAUGAUAACUGAACCCACAACUUUCACCCACACUUUACCACUGAAAUUAGAUGCUUUGUUUUUUUCAUUUAUAAUUGACUUUGUGAUUUGUGAUCAUUUCAUUUAAAGAGCUUUUAUAUGUGUUGUAGGUGACGAACGAGGCAAAUAUAUGAAUUCUGAGAACUAUAUUUGUAUAUGCAUUGCUAUGAUUUAUCUUUAUAUCAUUUUUUAAACUGGAUAAAAAAAUUAUAUUCAUUCUA